CCCCCUACGAUCAGCUGAAUAACCCCAAGAAACUUGCUUGAUAUUCAAUUCGGAAGAAUCGGAUGGGACUCAAAAUGUUGUGUUCCUGUCCCCGCAGGUGUUACCUGACCCCCACCCCCGGAGUUUUUCCAACACUUCUUGUUUUAAUUUCAAAUGUCCUGUGUUAGCUCUUCGCCUCUGGCAAUCAUCCUCUCAUAGAAUCGCAGCCAUUCGGCCCAGCCGGCCCGUUCUGGUUGUUUGAAGCCCAGAGCCGGCUUCCCAUUGGUUCAACUCUCAGCUCAGCCAUUGUGAUUGGUGUCCAAUUCAUGAUGACCCAUCCAAUCAGCGAAGGCGCCCUGUAACCUGGAGCAACGGUUUUUCUCCUGACGUACGCUCAAAGCUUUGCCACCCCCCCCUUCCUCGCAUGCGCGCGAUCUCUUGAUUAGUUUUACGGAGCAAACGUUCAUUUGGAAGUCUGUAAUCGCUUUUGAAUAAAAAGUAACGUUUUCGCGUCGAUUGGAAACAGUUUGUUGUUUUGAAAAAAUUUCUUUCGAUAUGCAAAGAAAUAACAACUGUGUGUAGUCUUGAACUUGGAGGUUAAAGGUCGGAAUCAAAAUGGCCGGCCUGGCAGACGGCGGUUUGAGAAGGCGCGUGGGGGGAGCGGAGGGGCGAUGACGACAGAGCGUGAGUGCUGGCCCAGCCGCUGGGCGCGAGCUUGAGGUGUGAGUUCCAACAACCGGCGCCCCUCCUCCCACCGAAGGCUCAGAGCAAUGAGAAGCAACGGUUGCGGGGAGCCGUGUGCCGCUUAACCCGGAGUUGAGAGCGGUGUGCCGGCCCAGCUAUAGACAUGAACAGGAAGAAGGGGGACAAGGGGUUCGAGAGCCCGAGGCCCUAUAAAUUAACUCACCAGGUCGUCUGCAUAAAUAACAUUAACUUCCAGAGGAAGUCUGUUAUAGGAUUUGUGGAGUUGACCAUAUUCCCAGCACUUGCAAAUCUCAAUAGAAUAAAACUGAACAGCAAGCAAUGUCGGAUUUACAGAGUAAGAGUAAAUGAUUUGGAAGCUGCAUUUAUUUACAAUGACCCGACUUUAGAAGUCUGCCACCAUGAAUCAAAGCAGCGGAAUCUUAAUUAUUUUUCCAAUGCCUAUGCGGCAGCAGUCAGCGCAGUUGACCCAGACACAGGAAAUGGAGAGCUGUGCAUCAAAGUCCCAUCUGAACUAUGGAAACACGUUGAUGAGAUGAAAGUUUUGAAGGUAUAUAUUGAAUUUUCCUUGGACCAGCCAAAAGGAGGGCUUCAUUUUGUUGUGCCCAAUAUGGAAGGUAGCAUGGCUGAGCGAGGGGCGCAUGUCUUCUCCUUUGGUUAUGAAAACUCUACAAGAUUUUGGUUUCCCUGUGUUGACUCUUAUUCUGAACUUUGCACUUGGAAAUUGGAGUUCACAGUUGAUGCUGCUAUGGUGGCAGUUUCCAAUGGAGAUUUGGUGGAAUCUGUUUAUACCAAUGACAUGAGAAAAAAAACUUUUCAUUACAUGUUGACUAUUCCAACGGCAGCGCCAAACAUUUCUCUUGCUGUCGGUCCCUUUGAAAUACUAGUUGAUCCUUACAUGCAUGAGGUGACACAUUUCUGUUUACCUCAACUGUUGCCUCUCCUAAAACACACCACCUCCUUUCUGCAUGAGAUUUUUGAAUUUUAUGAAGAGAUUCUAACCUGCCGAUACCCCUAUGCCUAUUACAAGACUGUAUUUGUUGAUGAAGCCUUUGUAGAAGUAGCUUCGUAUGCAUCUAUGAGUAUUUUAAGCACAAACCUUCUGCAUAGUGCCAUGAUUAUAGAUCAGACGCCACUUACCAGACGAUGUUUAGCACAAGCUUUGGCUCAGCAAUUCUUCGGCUGUUUCAUUUCCAGAAUGUCAUGGUCAGAUGAAUGGGUGUUGAAGGGGAUCUCUGGAUACAUUUAUGGCCUUUGGAUGAAAAAAACAUUUGGUGUUAAUGAGUACAGACACUGGAUUAAAGAGGAGCUGGACAAAAUUGUGGAAUAUGAAUUGAGAACUGGUGGAGUUUUGCUGCAUCCCAUAUUUACAGGGGUGAAAGAGAAAGAAACACCUGCUCCACACUUGCACUUUUCCAUUCGUCAUCCUCACACAUUGUCCUGGAAGUAUUACAAGAUGUUUCAAUGUAAAGCCCAUCUGGUAAUGCGACUCAUUGAAAACAGGAUCAGCAUGGAGUUCAUGCUUCAGGUCUUCAACAAACUUUUGAGUUUAGCCAGUACUGCCUCAUCACAGAAGUUUCAAUCGCACAUGUGGAGCCAGAUGCUACUUUCGACAACUGGAUUUUUAAAAUCAAUUUCGAAUGUGUCUGGAAAAGAUAUUCAACCUUUAAUAAAACAGUGGGUUGACCAGAGUGGUGUCGUGAAGUUUUUUGGCAGCUUUGCAUUUAACAGAAAACGAAACAUUUUGGAAUUGGAACUGAAGCAAGAUUGUACUUCUUUGGGAACUCAGAAAUAUGUGGGACCACUGAAAGUGACAGUCCAGGAAUUAGAUGGAUCAUUUAACCACACACUACAAAUUGAAGAAAACAGCCUCAAGCAUGAUAUUCCCUGCCAUUCCAAGAGCAGACGGAAUAAGAAAAAGAAGAUUCCAUUAUUGAAUGGAGAAGAAGUGGAUAUGGAUCUUUCUGCUAUGGAUGCUGAUUCCCCAUUACUGUGGAUAAGAAUAGAUCCAGACAUGUCAGUUUUGAGAAAAGUGGAAUUUGAGCAGGCUGAUUUCAUGUGGCAGUACCAGCUCCGCUUUGAGAGGGAUGUGGUUGCACAGGAGGAAUCAAUUCAUGCUUUAGAAAAGUUUCCUACUCCAGCAUCCCGGCUAGCACUAACAGAUAUCCUGGAGCAAGAGCAGUGCUUUUACAAAGUCAGAAUGCAUGCUUGCUUCCGCCUGGCAAAGAUUGCAAAUGCAAUGGUGAAUACUUGGACAGGUCCUCCAGCCAUGAAAUCACUCUUUACACGAAUGUUCUGCUGCAAGAGUUGUUCAAACAUUGUUAAGACCAAUAAUUUCAUGAAUUUUCAAAGUUAUUUUCUACAGAAGACCAUGCCUGUUGCUAUGGCUUUGCUGCGGGAUAUCCAUAACCAGUGUCCCAAGGAAGUAUUAGCCUUUAUUUUGGACCUCAUUAAAUACAACGACAACAGAAAGAAUAAGUUUUCAGACAACUAUUAUCGUGCUGAACUUAUAGAUGCACUUGCCAACUCAGUGACACCUGCAAUUAGCAUCAACAAUGAGGUUCGAACUUUGGACAAUCUCAAUCUUGAUGUUCGUCUAAUUCUGGAAGAGAUCACCCGAUUUCUAAAUAUGGAGAAGCUGCUUCCAAGUUACAGAAAUACAAUAACUGUCAGUUGCCUGAAAGCUAUUCGGGUGCUACAGAAGAAUGGACAUAUUCCCAGUGAUCCAUCACUUUUCAAAUCAUACGCAGAAUAUGGACACUUCGUUGAUGUUCGCAUUGCAGCUUUGGAAGCAGUUGUGGAUUAUACACAAGUGGACAGGAGUACUGAAGAAUUGCAGUGGUUGCUGGAUCUUGUUCAGAAUGAUGCUGUGCCUUACAUAAGGCAUAAGGUUUUGAGUAUGCUCAAUAAAAACCCACCUUUCACCAAGAAUACAGACUCUCCACUGUGCAGUGAGGCCCUGGUGGACCAGCUCUGGAAGCUAAUGAAUUCAGGCACUUCCCAUGACUGGCGACUUCGCUGUGAUGCAGUGGAUGUGUACUAUACCUUGUUUGGCCUCAGCAGACCAUCUUGCCUUCCUCUGCCAGAGCUAGGUCUUGUGCUCAACUUGAAGGAAAAGAAGACUGUUCUAAAUCCUAUUAUUAUACCUGAAACGGGAACAAGUGAACAAGAGACUGUAGGCAAUGCAGGCAUACAUGGAUUAAUGUCUGGCUUCCAGAUUAAUGAAGAGGAGCAUCUUACCAAAGAUUCUGCAUCCACUGGGUCUGCAGUUCAGCAGGGCAUAAAGAGAAAAGCUGAGACCCCACUUGGUUCCCCAUUGGAACCUGGGCAGGUUCUGGAGAAGGAUGAAGAUAAUAAGGUUAAGCUUAAAAUCAAAUUUUCUAAUUCUCAAGAAGAUGAAGAGAUUGAUAUGGACUCUGUUCAUGAUAGUCAGGCUUUCAUUUAUCACCAGUUGAACAUACUUGAAAGACCAUCCACUCCAGAUCUGGCCUUAACUCCUCUCAAAAGCCCUUCCAUCGGGGGGUCCUCAGGAACUGCUCCCACUGUAGAUCACGCUCCUAUUUUGGGUCCACACUUCAUUAGAAGUCCACAAACUGCAUGCAAGUACAUAUUUACAGGAAAAGAAACAACAACCAUAGACAAUGCCAUGAGUUCCAAUUCAGCUGCUCCACUUCCUUCACUUGGCAAAGAGUCCAGUUCAUCGAGACAUGGGGAACACCACCAUCACCACCAUCAUGAACACAAGAAAAAAAAGAAAAAGCAUAAACACAAGCAUAAGCAUAAGCACAAACAUGAUGGGAAAGACAAAGAAAAGGACUUGUUUACUUUUACAAGCAGCCCAGCUAGUGGGCGGUCUUUAAACUCUCCAUCAAUUUCAGACUAAAUUAUAUGAUGAACCAUCUAAUCGGUUCAGUAUAUCAAAUAUUUUCAGAAGUAAAGUACAAGGAAGACUACUCCUGCCCCAUUGUUUUGUCAAACCUUGGCUUUCUGUGGAAGUAACUAAAACUGUUAUCACCAAUGAUCAAAGUAUGUGUAUAAUGGAAUCUAAGCCUCAUUCCACUUGUUUGAUGUGUUUAACUGACUCAAACUCACAACUGACAAUUAUUGCCGCUUUCAAACAGUUUAAAAUAAGCACCCUUCCCCAACCCCACCCUUCUAAUUAAUCUAUGUAAGCAUGUUUUCCUAACGUUUACUGGUCUACCAGGAUCCUCCUUUACAUCACUCACUGAUUUUGUGCCUGUUCAAAUUUGUUGGGGGUGCAAUGGUUUUUCCAAGUAAAAUCUUGUAUAUCACAAGCAUAACUAAAAAUGAUCAUGUUGUACAAAAAAAGUUAAAGCCUGAAAAUCCUGAGGAUAUGUUGUACCAAAACAACUGGGCCUUGGGUAAGAAUGCAGCUGAAUCCCAUAUAUAAUGGUGAAACUCCUGGGGUUGUCCUGAAUAUAUACAUUUGAUGUAGAAAGUGGGUGGGGAAUGGGACAGAAUUGGAAACUGGUUGGGGAAGACAGAGUGGAAUCCGGGUGGACUAAGCUUAUAUUUUCUAAUCUCUUUCAAACAAUGCAUCUCCGUUUCACAGUGAGGCCUAUUGAAUGAAGCUAUCACUGCUCACUACUGUAGAUGUGCACUUACUGAUCCAUCUUCCUCCAUGAUUAAGUAGCAAGUUGUUUUUUAAAAAUUUUAAUGAGUUUACUGCCAACUUAUUUUGCCUUUUAGUAGUUGCAUAUCGUUAGAAAUUUCACUGGGAUAUUCUUAACUAAUAAUGGCACAAAUUAUUUUAGUUGCACCAAAGAACUUAUGGUACAAGGUAUUUUAAUAGACAAUGGUUGUAUUGUAUUUAGUCUGGUUUGAUCAGAGCUCUGGUAAUAACUUUGUGUAAUAAAGGUUUGUCUUUAGCUGUUAUAGUGUCUGUUACAAGCAAUUGUUUUCUCUUUUCUCAUUGGCAAAAUGACUUGUCUUUCCCAUUGUUCAAGCACUUCAUAUUUUUCAUUAGGUUUAUGUUUUUCUUAUUUGUUUGAGUCUUUUUGUACAAACUUUCACUGUAGAUUUAAAAUUUUCUCUUCAAUCAUACUCAAAAAUAGCCCCAAGCACAAUACAGCAAAAUUCAUAUUGCAGCAAAAAGAAUUUUCUCUUGAUACAGCUACAACAACAAGUUCUCCCCUCCCAAACUAUACGGUCUGUCUGCCCUUUUUAAACCAAUGAAAGCUCCAAUUCCGUGUUUUCCUGACUUUGUACAACAGAAACAAACAUGAUACAUUGCAAAGUUUUCUAUCAAGACCUUUACUCUUCAACUUUACUAGCAGGAUAUCCUAUAAUUCCCAAACACUAGAGAUUACAAACUCUAGUUUACACUGUCAAUUCGGCACAUGUUCACCACAGCUGAAUAGGUUCUGGAAUUGGUGAAUUACAACAGCGAUGAUUUAAGUUUUUUUUUAACCUAGCUGCUUACUGCAGAAAUAUCAGGGUACAAAUUACUUGAUAACUGGCUCUAAAGUAGACUAUACAUGACCAACAAUGAAAGAUCUAAUAAAGUACUUCUCAUUUUUACACAUUGCUUAUUAACUUGCUACUGUAUUUUAAUAUAGCUGAUACUUUUAUCAGCUAUAUUAAAUAAUUAUUGAAGGUCAUAAUUUCUGCAUUAUAAUAUUUUGCACAGCCCUGCUAAUUUGGGUAUAGAUUUACUGCGUAAUGCAUCUAAAAUACAAUGAAUCAGGUUUUUUAUAAUCACAACACUGAGGCAUUUUCCAUGUAAACCUAGUAAAGGUAGAAGCUUCAAUUUUGUACAGGCUUCUGUUUAGCAAUACAUAUAACUUUGUAAUUUUUUUCUUGUACAGUGAAGUUUUGAAAAAUGUUUAUAAACUCCAGUUUGUGUAUAAUUUUAAGAAACCAAUGCAUUUGUUUAGUACAUUACAAAGUUUUUUGAGUACUAACAUAAAUGCAGUAAAUGUAAUUAAUUAGAAAAUGAUUGUUUUUAAAGUUCAUCUAUAGUUUUCAUACUUGUUUAUAGUGCUAGGACAUUGUGAAUAUUAUAUAAAUUUUACUUUGAAAAUGUAUGUACUUUCCACUUAUAAUUCUGAUGUUCUGCUCCUACAAAAAUCACCAAAUAUUAUUUCUAGUUUUUUUAAAAUGUAUAUAUUUGGUACAGUGUUUUUUCAAUGUAUUUGUUAUAGUGUUGAGUUCUCAAUAAUAAUUCAAAAAUAAUUUAAGACUAUAGGACAUCAACGUAACAAAUAUUUCUAAUCUUAUAAACGUUUAUAGACACCAUAUUCUGUAAAAGUUUGUCCCCCCUCGAGUUAAAGCUAUCUAUCUUUUAUGCUGUAUUGUAUACUCGUCUCUUGAAAAAAAAAUCUGAUUUAGAAAAUAUUGUUUAAACAAUCUUAAGCUUUACAAAAUUGUCUCCUCCAUAAAUUUGCCUUUGAGAUUGAAAUGCUAAAUCUUCAGAUUUCAAAAUUCAUCUCUUAUUUACUUACAACAUGAGGAUGUAUUAGUCCAAAAUUUCUACAUUCUGGGCUGGUACCAGAUCUUAGAAAGGCAGCAAAAGUUGCACAUCUUUUGAAAAAGUAGUACAGUUACGAAAAGAAAUGUUGAAGGUUUAGUAUGGCUUCUCUCACCAUGAUAAACAAGAUGCUUAAAAGUCACAAAUGCAUGCUGUAGUUUAUUUUGAUACAAGUGAUUUUAGUUUUACCAGCUCAGUGUUCAGAGGGUGGGUCAAUCCAAACAUGUGAAUUUCUUCAAAUGUGUGUUUGGCAGUAUUUUUUUUUUAAAAUGUUGUUUAAACUUGUUUCAUCUUAAUCUUUCUUUUGGAUUUGUUUACAGCCUUACUGGUUAUAAUAGAUUAUUGUGGCAUUUGUGUAUUCGUAGUCAGGCCCAGUGCUUCUUUUGACUUUUUUUAAAAAAUCCAUCUGCUCAGAAAUCAUGUCUCAUACUUGUUUACUUUUUUGAGAAAAUAUGUUUUCAUAACUGAUGUAAAAUCAAGCUUGUCAUUUGCUUAUUCUGUUAUUUGUUAAUAAAUUUGUCAAGA